AAGACAGAGACUUCCUUCUCGCACUCUCAUCUCUCUCCAAUUUCAAUUGCCCUCUUUUGCUUUUCCCUUCCCUUCUUUCCCUCCUCUUCGCGAGGGUUUUUUUUUUUCUUCUUUUUUUUUUGUUUUCUUUUUAUUUUCUCUCCUCCUCCUCCUCUUCUUCUUCUCCUUCCUAUUCCCCGAAACCCUAACCCGAAAUCGCCGAUCAAUUCCGACUUGUUCUUGUGCGUUCUCGGCGUUGUGUGCCGGAAGAGGAUGCAACAGCAGCAGCAGAGGCUUAAACAACAGCAGCAGCAGCAGCAGCAACAAGCCAUGAUGCAGCAGUCGCUUUACCAGCACCCUGCUCUCUUAGCCCCGCCUCAGAUAGAGCCUAUCUUGAGUGGAAAUCUGCCUCCUGGGUUUGAUUCAAGUACAUGCCGCAGUGUGUAUGUUGGAAAUAUUCAUCCCCAGGUUACUGAUACCCUUCUUCAAGAAGUUUUUGCCAGUACUGGUCCACUUGAGGGAUGCAAGCUCAUAAGGAAAGAUAAGUCAUCCUAUGGAUUUGUUGAUUACUAUGAUCGCCGAUCAGCUGCCCUUGCUAUUGUUUCUCUCAAUGGCAGGCAUCUGUUUGGACAGCCAAUUAAAGUUAAUUGGGCCUAUCAAAGUAGUCAGAGGGAGGAUACUUCAGGUCAUUUUAAUAUUUUUGUUGGUGAUCUUAGCGCUGAGGUUACCGAUGCUACAUUGUUUGCAUGCUUUUCUGUUUACCCCAGUUGUUCAGAUGCAAGGGUUAUGUGGGAUCCAAAAAGUGGGCGCUCAAGGGGCUUUGGGUUUGUUUCAUUCCGGAAUCAGCAGGAUGCCCAAAGUGCCAUAAAUGACUUAAAUGGAAAGUGGCUUGCAAGUAGACAAAUUCGGUGCAACUGGGCUACAAAAGGUGCUGCUUCAAAUGAUGAUAAACAGAGUUCUGAUUCUAAAAGUGUGGUCGAGCUGACAAAUGGAACAUCAGAAGAUGGUCAGGAGAAGCCUAAUGAAGAUGCUCCAGAGAACAAUCCUCAGUAUACCACAGUUUAUGUUGGCAAUCUGGCUCCUGAGGUUACUCAAGCUGAACUCCAUCGUCAUUUCCAUGCCCUUGGUGCUGGAACUAUAGAAGAUGUUAGGGUGCAACGAGAUAAAGGUUUUGGGUUUGUGAGAUACAGUACACAUUCUGAAGCAGCCGCAGCUAUCCAGAUGGGGAAUGCUAGGUUUCUCUGUGGAAAACCAAUAAAGUGUUCAUGGGGUAGCAAGCCUACUCCACCAGGAACCACCUCCAGCCCUCUCGCUCCACCAGCUGCAGCUUAUAUGCCAGGUUUUUCAGCCACUGACCUUGUGGCAUAUGAACGACAAAUGGCAUAUAGUAAAAUGGGUGGUCCACAAGCCCUCAUGCUUCCCCAGGGUCAGCAUGGUAUGAAGGCACCCAUGGGAAUGGGUGCUGGAACUAGUCAGGCGAUAUAUGACGGUGGCUACCAGAAUGUAGCAACAUCCCAGCAGCUCAUGUACUACCAGUAAUAAUCCGAGUUGGAGACCCCCAUUAUAGCUCAGCAGUGAAGAAUAAGUGUUCGAGAACCUUUAGGAUUUGUAAACAUUUUUAACUUUCCUUCUCUUUUAGUCUGUGUUUGUUUAGAUUGCUGUAUCUCUAUCGCCCACUUACACCUGCUGUUUGUAUGGAUAGUUUUGUUUUUCUGUUUACUUUUGGGGGUUUUGACAUGACUGGUUUAUCUACAACUAUCUUAUUUAAUGAGUUAUAAUAAUUUCGAA